UGUCGCAACUUCUCUGAUUUCCUUAAUCUCUUCCCUAUAAAUUAUAAUACAACUUAACUCCUAGGUUUUAGUUUCAUCCACGGCGGCAAUUUCAUCUUCAAUCUCUUUAAGCUUAAGCUUAACUAUUAGGUUUUAGUUUCAUCCAUGGCGGCAAUUUCAUCUUCAAUCUCUUUAAGCUUAAGCCCUACUAACGGCCACGGCGAGAAUGGCUACGCAGAAAUCGACUGGGACUCCCUAGGAUUCGGUCUAACGCCCACAGAUUACAUGUACAAGAUGAAAUGUUUCGAAAAUGAAGAAUUUACAGAGGGCCAACUUAUUCCAUUUGGUAAUAUUGAGUUGAGUCCUGCUGCUACUGUCUUGAACUACGGCCAGGGUUUAUUUGAGGGAAUGAAGGCAAUAAGGAGAGAAAAUGGGAAGCUUGUUUUAUUUCGACCUGAUGAAAAUGCAUUGCGCAUGCAAAUAGGUGCUGAAAGAAUGUGCAUGCCUUCUCCUUCUGUUGAUCAGUUCAUUGAUGCAGUGAAACAGACUGCUCUUGCUAAUAAAAGAUGGAUUCCUCCACCAGGGAAAGGAUCACUAUACAUUAGACCCUUGCUCCUAGGAACUGGAGCAGCCCUAGGUGUAUCUGCGGCUCCUGAGUACACAUUCCUCAUCUACGCUUCUCCUGUUCGUAACUAUUUUAAGGAAGGGACUGCAGCCUUGAACUUGUAUGUUGAGGAUCAAUUUGAUCGUGCUUCUCGUGGUGGUGUUGGUGGUGUGAAAUCGAUUUCCAAUUAUGCGCGAGGUUUGAAACCUUUGGCUAGGGCAAAAGCUAGAGGGUUUUCAGAUGUUUUAUAUCUUGAUUCUGUGAAUGGAAAAUAUAUCGAGGAGGUCUCUACUUGUAAUAUAUUUAUUGUAAAGGAGAAAACUAUCUCUACUCCCCCAACAAAAGGCACUAUCCUCCCAGGAGUAACGAGGAAAAGCAUCAUUGACGUUGCUAGAGAUCAUGGUUUUGAGGUUGAGGAACGACAAAUCGCGGUGGAGGAAUUGCUCGAAGCAGACGAGGCUUUCUGCACCGGAACUGCUGUCGUGGUUGUCCCUGUGGGCAGCAUCACAUACCAAGGCAAAAGGGUAGAAUACCAUACAACAGAUGCUAAUUCAGUGUGCAAGAAGUUGUUGUCAACAUAUGCCGCAAUUCAAAAUGGUCAGAUUGAAGACAAGAGGGGCUGGAUGGUUGAAAUUAAUUAGUUAAGGUGCUAUUCUGUUCGUUUAACAAAGCCAUGGUACAAAUGUGCUAUGGAAAUUGUAAUGCUUAAUUCAUUACAUUAGUUAUGUUUUUUGCAAAUUUAGUCUUCAUCAUAAGACAACUCUUUUGCGGAAAGAUUAUUGUAUCAAUUAGGCUAAAAUUGUACUCAAUGUUUAGAUAACACUGUUACAUUUUCAAAGUUAAUACUUUGUCUGGUAUUAAAUAUGUUAUUUCUGAAA